UGUCAUUCCCUAAAAACAUGGCUCCCCAUGGAAAGCGGAAGCGCUCUGCCCCAAACAAAAAUGGCGAGGCGGCCCAAGAGCCUGGCGGAAGUUACCUCCUACCCUCGCGCCCCGCCCCGUCCUGCGGCAGAGGUAGCGCCACGAUGGCGGCGGCGACGGCCGGUCCGCUGGCUCUCAAGCGGCCGGAGCUGCGGGAUGCCGCCGCGCUGUUCGAGGCGCACGGAGCGGAGGAGAUCCGCGGGCUGGAGCGACAAGUACGAGCGGAGAUCGAGCAUAAGAAAGAGGAGCUGCGGCAGAUGGUCGGCGAGCGUUACCGCGACUUGAUCGAGGCGGCUGAUACCAUCGGACAGAUGCGGUGCUGCGCCGAGGGACUGCUGGACGCUGUCAGGGCUACGGACCAGUGCUGCGCGCGCCUCCGCCAGCAGAGCCACGCUUCGGCUACGGCCACGUCGCGCCCCUCGCGAGCCCCUCAGCCCCAGCAGCCUUCCCAGGAGAAGUUCUACAGCAUGGCUGCCCAGAUCAAGCUGCUCUUGGAGAUUCCUGAGAAAAUCUGGAGCUCCAUGGAAGCCUCUCAGUACCUGCAUGCCACCCAGCUCUACCUCCUGUGCUGCCACCUUCAUGGCCUGCUCCGACUGGACUCCACCAGCGGCUCCUACAGCCCCGUUCUCGCCCGGUUCCCAAUACUGGUGCGUCAGGUGGCGGCAGCCAGCCACUUUCGGUCAACCAUUCUGCAUGAAACCAAGAUGAUACUCAGAUGCCAGACUGUGUCUGACCAGGCUGUUGCCGAGGCCUUGUCGUCAGUCAUGUUGCUGGAAGACAGUUCUCCCCGCCAGGCCCUCACGGAUUUCCUGUUAGCCAGAAAGGCAGCCAUUCAGCAGCUUCUCAAUCAGCCCCACCAUGGUGCUGGCAUUAAAGCGCAGAUUUGUUCACUCGUGGAGCUGCUGGUCACCACUCUGUACCAAGCCCAUGCCCUCUUCUACACCUUGCCCGAAGGUGUGCUGCCCGAUCCCUCCCUGCCCUGUGGAGUUCUCUUCUCUACUCUGGACUCUGUCACAAGCCAGAGGCUUGCAGGGAAAGGCAUCGUCAGUGUCUUGCAAGAGAUGAAGUUGUGUAGCUGGUUCAAACAUCUCCCAGCCUCCAUUGUGGAGUUCCAGCCAACUCUUCGGACUCUUGCACACCCCAUCAAUGAGGAGUACCUGAAAGACACCCUACAGAAGUGGAUCAGCAUGUGUCAUGAAGACAUCAAAAGUGGGAUCACCAAUUUGCUGGUUUAUGUGAAGAGCCUGAAAGGCCUGGCCGGCAUUCGGGAUGCUGUGUGGGAGCUGCUCACCAGUGAGUCCAUGAGCCGCAGCUGGGAGAUGGUGUGCCGGCGCCUUCUGGACAAGCGCCUCUCCUUCUGGGAGGACCUGUUGCAGCAGCUGUUUCUGGACCGAUUACAGACGCUGACAAGAGAAGGCUUUGACUCUAUCUCCAGCAGCUCUAAACAGCUUCUGACCUCAGCUCUGCAGGAGCUUGAAGCUAGUUCCAGCACUUCCCCCAAUAAGCAGGUUCAGUUUGAGCACAACAUGUCUCUCUUUCUCUGGUCAGAGAGUCCUUCUGAUUUGCCUUCAGAUGCUGCGUGGGUCAAUGUGGCGAACCGGAGCCAAUGUGCCAGCAGCGGCCUCUCCAUGAAAGCUCAGGCUCUCAGUCCCUACGUACAGAGCUUUUGUCUUGCCCUGGAUUCCAAACUGAAGGUCAAACUGGAUGACCUCCUGUCGUACCUUCCUUCAGAUGCACCCAAGGAGGCCUCGGGUAUACAGACCAAGAAUUCUGCUUUUGAUAGAUACUCAGAUGCUGGCACUGUGGAGGGAAUGCUCCGAAACCACUGUGCAGCCUGCAUUGAGCAGAUCGUGGCAUGUGUGCGUACUGAACUGCAAGGGGCUGAAGCUGUACUGCGAGGGCCAGUCCAGACCAUCAGUCGUUCCAAGCUCUCCUCAGUCUUGUUCAUGGCCAGACUCUGCCAGUCCCUUGGAGAACUAUGUCCCCAUCUUAAACGAUGUAUUUUGGGCAAAUCAGGCAGUUCAGAGAAACCCACAAGGGAGCCUCGGUCUAUGAAGAAACAGAUGAAAGGAAAAGCUCAAGAAGUGAAUCCUAUUCUAGCAAAAUGGCAAGAAGUGAAAGAGCAGCUCCUAGAGCAAAGUCUGCUAGGAUAUCGCCUCUGGAGCACAGCCAUCACAAACGUCCUGGUUCAUGAUUUCACUCGGUCAUUACUUCUUCAUAAUGCUGGCUCCAUCCUAGCUAUGGCCACAAACUGGGAUGAACUAGAAAUCCAGGAGGAGACAGAAACCGGGAGCAGUGUAACAUCCAAGAUUCGACUGCCAGUACAGCCAUCCUGGUAUGUCCAAUCCUUCCUCUUCAGCCUGUGUCAAGAAAUAAAUCAGGUUGGAGGCCAUGCCCUGCCAAAGGCAACACUGCAGGAGAUGCUAAAGGGGUGCCUGGUUCAAGUAUUAGCAGGCUAUGAAAAGCUUUCUGAAGAGAAGCCAACAAAGAAAGAAGGUAUGUUCCCAAUGACCCAGAACAGGGCGCUGCAGUUGCUUUAUGAUCUACGUUACCUCAAUAUUGUGCUGACAGUCAAAAGUGAAGAGGUGAAAAGUAGUCGAAGUAAACAGGACUCCAGAAUCGAAAAAGUAACAGACUUCUUAGAAGGUCUCAUUGAUCCGUUUGACCUAGAUGUCUUUACACCACACCUAAACAGCAACCUUAAUCGCCUGGUCCAACGAACCUCGGUUCUAUUUGGAUUGCUAACUGGUACAGACAAUCAGUUUUCUGCUCGGAGCAGUACUUUCAACUCCCAAGAACCCCAUAAUAUACUGCCUCUGGCAUCGAGUCAGAUCAGGUUUGGACUUCUUCCACUUAGCACGACUAGCACAAGAAAGGCUAAGUCGGCUGGCCGAAGCACAGAACCCAAAGACCAGGUUGUACUCCCAACACUCUCCAGAGCAGAUGAUGACAUGAUGCGUCCUGGUUCCUUGUUCAGACAGCUUGUCACAGAGGAGGAAGACACAUCUACACCAUCUCUUUUCAAACUUAGUUGGCUCUCUAGUAUGACUAAAUAAAAUGAAGCAAUUUAUCAGGACAUACCUCUCCUUUUCUAAAUAAAUAUUACCAUGUAUUUAUUAGUGCCUCUGCUAAUUUGUUUCUAAGUUCCACCAAUUGUUGUGGUUUCAAUGAGGGAAUGUGGCCCUCUAUUAGAAGGUACUUCAAAUAGUAAAUUGAACCUAAGCUAACACAAAGUUCUACAGUACCUGUUACCUUAAACACCAGCUCAGGUUGCUUAGUCUUUACCAUUAGUCAUUUGUGCCUUACUAGACACGAUAGGUGGAAUUAUCACAAGAUCACUCAAGCUGUACGUACAUUUGUGUCUGAAACAAAGGUUACAAAUACAGUACAACUGUAUUUCAAAACUGUGCAGUGUUUGCUAAGAAGCUGGAAAUCUAGCCUUUGGAGGAUUAAUGAUAUAGAAAUCAGGGUUCAACAAAGUAUCUAAAGACAUUCUCCCUGGAAUGCAAACACUUUACAUAGCGAAGAGAAGAAGACAUUGUAGGGAGGGUGUUUCCAUUUUACAAAGUCUAAUCUAAUAAGCUUGGUCUAAUUUUUCUCCCCCUGUAACAGGGGAAAUUAGUUUCAAUAGGACAUCUGCAUACUGAGAGGUAGUAUGGUGGCCAGCUUCAGUCAGACAGAAGCGAGCUCUUUUAUACUUUGGGAAAGAAAACUAAUGUUUUUCAUGCAAACUAGUCCUUACUAGUUCACUGAAUUUUUAAAAAAUCUUUUAAAAUUUGAGGACGCCAAGUUUUAAUUGGACUCCUUGCACAAAAGAGUAAAUUUCCAAUUGGUUUCCAAAUCCAAAAAUGGAGCCAUAUGGACUCUUAACAUGCAGAUGCGGUUUUCUCCUACCGUCACCUUCAUUGGGAUGACACCACCCUGAAAAGAAUCCCAUAAAAA